AUGCUGGAAUUUCGACCUCGUGCUGGACUUUCGAGCUGUAGCUUCGUCUUCAACCUCGUGCUGGAGCUUCGUCUUCGACCUCGUGCUGGACUUUCGAGCUCGUGCUGGACUUUUGAGCUCGUCUUCAACCUCGUGCUGGAAUUUCGAGCUCGUCUUCAACUUCGAGCUCAUCUUCGAGCUCAUCGUUCUCAUCUCCAACUUCGAGCUCAUCUUCGAGCGGUCGUUCUCAUCCUCGAGCUGGACUUUCGUUCUCAUCUUCAGCCUAUAUGUGUAUGGUGUUGGCAUCAUAUAAUGGAAAUGGCUGAAAAAGAAGGAUCAGAUGGGCGAUGUCCAGCAUGUCGCACAACAUAUGAUAAGCAAAGAAUUGUUGGAAUGUCUGCCAACUGUAAAAGGAUGGUGGCUGAAAUAAGUGCAGAGAAAAAGCAGAAGCCCCAAAAGGCAAAGAAUAAAUCUUCAUCAGCCAUAGAGGAUAGGAAGCAUCUUAGUAGUGUCCGUGUGGUGCAGAGAAAUCUUGUAUACAUAAUGGGAAUGCCUUCUAAUUUAGCUGAUGAAAGCGUUCUUGAGCGUAAAGAAUACUUUGGCCAGUAUGGGAAAGUUUUAAAGGUUUCAGUUUCACGCCAGGCUGGGACAACUCCUCAGCAAGUGGCUUGA